UGCCAGACUUUGGCACACACGCUACUUCCUGGAUGGAGGAAUGGAAAGCUUCCAGUGCCGCUCCAACUAUUCCCUCUCUGUUUUCGCCAGCAGGACCGCUGCAGCUCUCCGCUGCAUGGACUACUGCCACUAGCGUCCUCUGCUCCUAUCUAUUCUAUCCUUGAUAAAUGAACUGAUUGAAGCCCGAAAGCUAUAUCUCUACUAACUGACAUGUUUUUUUUMGGGAGUAUCAAGAAGCUGUUUGGAAGGAGGUUUUGAGAAGUAAAUACUAUUUUCUGGACGUUCCAGAUCCGCACUGAAUUUCACUGAACAGUCACUAGCCUACAUUUAUUAGCAUUUGCGCUGCUUUUACGCAGCGGACAUAGAUUUUUUGAUCAGACGGAUAACUCAACAGUUGCCCUUUUUGCUCUCGAUGUUCAUUUUGUCAUGCGGAGGCUACUGCAAUCGUGUUGCUGGUGGAUCUUGUCUUUCAUUUMGUCUGCCUUCGUGCUCUUUUGGGCUGACUGUCAUCCUGCGCUGACAGGAGGGCAGCCUGGGGCCACGCAAGGGAGCCAAGAUGGCCGAGUGCCUGGGACCAGACUCAGGAGAGCGGCUGAGGAGUCCUACUGGGCCUACUCAGGUACGUACGGGCCAGAGGAGGGCUGGUCAUCAGCCUACCCAGAAUGCAGACAGAGGAACCAGUCACCAAUCAACAUCGUAGACCAGGACACAAAGGUGUCCAUGGAGUAUCAGGAGCUCACUCUGGAUGGAUUUGAGGCAGAGUCCUCCAACAAGACCUCAAUGAAGAACACUGGUAAAACAGUGGCCAUCAUGCUGAAGGAUGACUACUUUGUGCGUGGUGCAGGCCUGCCGGGGCGUUUUAAGGCUGAGAAGGUGGAGUUCCACUGGGGCCAGAGCAAUGGAUCAGAUGGCUCUGAACACAGCAUCAACGGCAGGAGGUUCCCAGUGGAGAUGCAGAUCUACAUGUAUAACUCGGAUGACUUUGACAGCCUCAGUGCUGCCAUGCGGCAGAAGAGGAUCAUUGCAGCGAUGUCGGUCUUCUUUCAGGUGGGACUGAAAGACAACCCAGCAGUGGACCCCAUUAUCCAUGGCCUGAGGGGCGUAGUCCAUCAUGAGAAAGAAACCUUCCUGGAGCCCUUUGUUCUGAGAGAUCUGUUGCCGUCAUCAUUGGGGAGUUACUAUCGCUACACAGGCUCUCUCACCACCCCACCCUGCAGCAAGGUGGUAGAGUGGAUCGUCUUCAACAGACCUGUGUUCCUCUCCUACAAACAGCUGGAGGCGUUCUACUCCAUCUUUACCACAGAGCAGCAGGACCAUGUGAAGUCUGUGGAAUACCUGAGGAGCAACUUCCGGCCAAUCCAGAGCCUUGACAACCGUGACGUCUUCAAGUCCGCAGUCAGAGAUGCCUGGCUACCUGACCUGACGGAUAGCCUGGGCAACCCGUACGGAACAGAGGCAUCCAAAGUGUGCAGCAGUGCUCCCAUCAACAUGAAGGUGCAGCAUCUGAACCGCACGGCCCUGGGGGUGCGAUGGACCCGGCCAGAGUUCACCUACCACCCGCCAAUCAUCUCCUUCCUCAUCUCCUACAGCUGGACCAAACACGAUGAGUCCUACGAGGAGACACACGUCACCGACAGCCAAAACAAACUGGAAGCUGUCAUCACUCCGGUGUCUCCUGACGUGCUGUACCUGUUCCGGGUGCAGGCUGUGUGUAUGAACGACAUGCGCAGUGACUUCAGCCAGAGCAUGCUCUUCAGAGCWAACACCACCAGGAUAUUUGAAGGAACAAGGAUAGUGAAAACAGGGAUGCCCACCGUCUCUCCGGCCUCUUCAGCUGACAUGGCUCCCAUCAGCUCCGGCUCCUCCACCUGGACCUCCUCCGGCCUCCCUUUCUCCUUCGUCUCCAUGGCGACGGGCAUUGGCCCGUCCUCCAGUGGUAGCCAGGCGACAGUGGCGUCUGUGGUGACCAGUACCCUCCUGGCUGGGCUGGGGUUCAGUGGUGGGGUCAUCUCCUCCUUCCCUAGCUCUGUGUGGCCGACCAAAGCCCCCGCCUCCAGACAGAAUCCCACCACUGCCCCCCCUCGUCAGCCCACCACCGAACCUGCAGCCGCCCAGAGUGCUGAUGCAGCCAAAGACAACGGAGAGGGAGCAGAAGACAGGGAGAAAGGUGCAAAAAGUGAGGGAGAGGAGGGAGAGAAGGAAGGAGAGGAGGAUAAGGAGGAAGACGAGGAGGAGAAAGAGAAGGAGACGAAAGAGAAGAAAGUGACAGUGGCGGACAAGGUAGAGAAGCAGACGAACAGUACGGUGGUGAAGGAGCCGCCCACGGCCGCCCCAGCCUCGACUGCCAAAGAGAAAGGAAGAGAAGCAGGGGAGACUAACACCAACAGCACUACGCCCUCUAGUGCUGUGGAGGACCAGUUGGUGACACACACACAGAGCACGGUGGAGACAGACACAGUGGUGCCCCCUACCAUGGAGCCAGGGAAUGACCCGGCAGAGUUCCCAGCCCCAGACAGCCCCUCCCCAACUCUAAGACCUAGCACAGGAGGGAAGAAGAGCCACUGGCCAUUCUCCAUACACACAGAGAGGACAAGCGUGUCCAACCUGACCCGGCAGGGUGCCCCCGGGGUAGGCAGGAUGGAGUGGAUCAUCCCCCUGAUGGUGGUCUCUGCCCUCACAUUCGUCUGCCUCAGCCUGCUGCUGGCUGUGCUCGUCUACUGGAGGAGGUGUUUCCAGACAGCUCAUUUCUACGUGGAAGACAGUAGCUCUCCUAGAGUAGUGCCCAAUGAGAGCAUCCCUGUCAUUCCAAUCCCAGAUGACAUGGAGGCCAUCCCUGUCAAGCAGUUCAUCAAACAUAUCUCAGAGCUCUACUCCAACAACCAGCAUGGCUUCUCAGAGGACUUUGAGACGACCACAGUCGGGUGAAGCUACGGCCUUUAGCUGGGAAGGACUCCAAACACAGUGAAUACAUCAAUGCCAAUUAUGUUGAUGGCUAUAACAAACCCAAGGCCUACAUCGCGGCCCAGGGCCCUCUCAAGUCCACCUUCGAGGACUUCUGGAGGAUGGUGUGGGAACAGAACACUGGUAUCAUCGUCAUGAUCACCAACCUGGUGGAGAAAGGAAGGAGAAAAUGUGACCAGUACUGGCCCACAGAGAACAGCGAAGAGUAUGGGAACAUUGUGGUCACACUAAAGAGCACCAAAGUGCACGCUUGCUACACGGUACGACGCUUCACUGUGCGCAACGCGAAAGUAAAAAAGGGUCAGAAGGGGAAUCCUAAGGGGCGUCAGAGUGAGAGGACAGUGGUUCAGUACCACUACACCCAGUGGCCUGACAUGGGUGUCCCUGAGUACACGCUGCCCGUGCUCACCUUUGUCAGGAGGUCCUCUGCCUCCCAAACCCCAGAGAUGGGCCCUAUGCUGGUCCACUGCAGUGCGGGUGUGGGCCGGACAGGGACCUACAUCGUCAUAGACAGCAUGCUGCAGCAGAUCAAGGACAAAAGCACAGUCAACGUCCUGGGCUUCCUCAAACACAUCCGGACCCAGCGCAACUACCUGGUACAGACAGAGGAGCAGUAUAUCUUCAUUCAUGAUGUGUUGAUUGAGGCCAUCAUGGGGAAGGAGACAGAGGUGUUGUCCAGCCAGCUGCACAGCUAUGUCAACAGUAUCCUUACACCUGGGGUGGGCGGCAAGACUCGCCUGGAGAAACAGUUUAAGUUGGUGACUCAGUGUAAUGCCAGGUUUGUGGAGUGCUUCAGUGCUCAGAAGGAGUGCAACAAAGAGAAGAACCGCAACUCUUCGGUGGUACCCUCGGAGCGAGCGAGGGUGGGGUUGGCACCUUUGCCCGGUAUGAAAGGCACAGAUUACAUUAACGCAUCUUACAUAAUGGGCUACUACAGGAGCAAUGAGUUCAUCAUUACCCAGCAUCCUCUGCCCCAUACCACUAAAGACUUCUGGAGGAUGAUCUGGGACCACAAUGCACAGAUCAUUGUCAUGCUGCCGGACAACCAGGGGCUGGCGGAGGAUGAGUUUGUGUACUGGCCGAGUCGAGAGGAGGCCAUGAACUGUGAAGCUUUCACUGUCACACUUAUCAGCAAAGACAGACUAUGCCUUUCUAACGAGGAGCAGAUCAUCAUCCACGACUUCAUCCUGGAGGCCACACAGGAUGACUAUGUGUUGGAGGUGCGUCACUUCCAGUGCCCUAAAUGGCCCAACCCUGACGCUCCCAUCAGCAGCACCUUUGAGCUCAUCAAUGUCAUCAAGGAGGAGGCCAUGACSAGAGACGGACCCACCAUAGUACACGACGAGUUCGGAGCAGUGUCAGCGGGCAUGCUGUGUGCCCUCACCACCCUGUCCCAGCAGCUGGAGAGUGAGAGUGCCGUGGGCGUCUAUCAGGUGGCCAAAAUGAUCAACCUCAUGAGGCCUGGAGUAUUCACAGAUAUAGAUCAGUACCAGUACCUUUAUAAAGCUAUGCUCAGUCUGAUCAGCACCAAGGAGAAUGGCUCUGGCUUAUGGUCACUGGACAGAAACGGUAUCAUGGCCAUGUCGGAUGAGUCAGACCAAGCAGAGAGCAUGGAGUCCCUCGUCUGAAYGACCCCACCCACCAGGCCUGAGGGGCCCCAGGCCCUCGCAGAGAGAGAGGCUCUUACUUUGUAAAACAGACUAUAAGACAAUACUUUGAGGCCUUUUUUGCCAGACUCUUGGUUAAAUGAAUAACCUGAUUACUUUUUUACACUGAUAAAAAGUUUUUGAUAUUUAUUUUUUGCCAUUUUACGUCUUAAUGUUAUCCUACUGAACGUUUGCAGCUGCAUUUUUGAGUUCACAACAACGAAACACACUUCUGUCUUUCUUGUUUGCACUAUAAUGUCAGUGUUACUGCCUAUACUAAGCUGAUCGACUCUGUUCUACUACAAUUAAGCUCUUAUUUCAACAURCCAUGGCAAAACCCUCACUCAACUUCUUUAGAGAAGUAAGAAAGAAAAGAAAAACAUUGCUCUGUUUGCUCCCUACUGGCUCAUAUAAGGAAGAGGAGCGAGAGUGACAUAACUUCCGGUUCAUAUCAAUAACCCUUUCAAUCUGGUUUCACUACAGUAGACCUCUUCUCCUCUCCCCUCCUCUCUUCUCUCCUCUGCUCACCCAUAUGGCUCAUAUAUCACUCAUUUGCUGCAAGACUCAACAGUCUGGUUUCAAUCACACCUACAGCCAAUAGGGUCAUUGGUUCUGUUUGUUGUUUGUUCUUCUUUUGUUUGUAUCACCUUAUCUUCAUUAUGCAUCUUAUUAGCAAUUCAAACCCAUAUUUGAAUAUUGAAGGUGAUAUUAUAACAGCUACUGUGAACUUGUAUUGUUUUUUGUAUGAUUCAUAUUAUGCUUUUGAAUAUAUAUAUAGAUAUAUGUACACAUAUAUGAAUAUCCUUAUCAUUAUAACUUGUGAUUUUGUAGAUGUCCGAUGUCAUGACCUGCCUCCGAGUCCCACUUGAUCCAACAGUUUACCACUCUUAUUCAAUGCCAGUGUUGAUUUUCUGCACACUUACACCCCCUUCUGGCUCAGUUGUUUUUUGCUUCUUGCUGCUAAUAGUUAACGCAGAGUCAUAGAAGUUAGUUAAAUUAAGAAAUGAUAAUGUCCUUGUGUGAGUGGAAACUUCUUUGAGAAAAUGGAUACUCAUGAUACAGCCAAUUGCCAUUUUCUGUGUCCUUCCUGUUGAAUUGAUUAUUUGGGUGAAGGUAUUUUUAUAAUCCCCUGGUUCAUCCUGAAGCAGGUAUGCUCCCACGUCACACGGCCUUGUGUACAUAGUUUCUAAUCCUCACCGUUGCUUGACUGCUUGUGUGUGGUAUGAUUGUAUGCUAUGACUGUCGUAUGGUUUUGCUCCAGAUUCAGUCAGGUGGGAACUUAGUGGCCUAAGCAAGGACAGUUUUACUGUGGUUCAAGGACAGUUUUACUGGAGUCCUAGAGUGAUUCACAUUAACUCAUUGACCCUGUUUUAGUUGUACUCCCACCACCACCCCUUCAUUUCCUGACAGAAUCACUUUAAAAAUAAAUACCUCCCUUAGUUAUCUGAAGGAAACAGAGACCACCUGUGAUUUGCAUUUGAAAGAAAAUGUGAAUUAAGUUAACAGCACAAUGACCAUGCUAUUAGAAUAUUUUCUGUUUGAUUAUCACAACAAAACAUAGAGGAUACCUAUGAUUUGUAACUUUUACCAAAGACUUACACUAAUUUCCGUCAACAGAAAUAAUAGAGAGAGGGAGAGCUUAUUUCAUUUGUGUCUGAUUUCCUUUGUCAGUAAAUUGUAGGCUGUUGACUGAGUGAGUGAUGAUGAUCCUGUGUACGUUUUCUUCUGCUUCAUUUGGCAUCUUUUAGUUUACAUGCUGGACUUUCUGCAUAAACUCGUCAUAACUUGUGUUCGUUUAGAAAUUCCCUUUGCUACAGGAGGAGAUCAUUGCAAUUUUAUUAUGUCUKAUUUCUGACUCAAUUAUUGGAAUAAUAAAGUAGAGAGAUGCAUUAAUUCCUUCUUUUUUUACCCGUCAUCUUUCAUCUCCUUCCAAGGAGGGCUAUUGAAUGAAGUCAUAGCUCCAACAUUUGGGGUAAACAGCUGACUUUUGUCCCUUUGUCACUGAAGGCAUUUUGCAUCGUUAAGGACUAGCUUUUUUCCAUUCUUUCAGUUUCGCUUGUUCCAUCACUGAGCCUAGUGUCCACUGUCAGGUGUGUUAAUGUGGUGCAAAACACAAACACUAGUGGAUCAUGAAAACAAUGUACAUAUUUUGUUGCUUCUAUAACCAACCAUUUUCUGGAAACUUUGUAUCUAUGGUAUAUAAUCAUAGAAUUUUAUAUUUUCAUAUAAAGCUAUUUUUCUUUCUSUCAGUUCAACUCAUUSAUUGCAUUGCUUUUGUGGUGAAACGUGGAAACCAAGUCUUCGUGCAUUGAGUUAGUGGCCGUCAUCACAUUCCAAUAGAAUUCCACGCCUCCCAUUAACUUUUAAGGCAGUGAUUGUGAUAUUAUUAUUGUUAUUACUUUGUUUUCAUGUUCAUGUUUCUGUUGUCAGAGUGUGCAAUAGAAUAGAUCAAGUCACUGAAUAAUUUCAUCCCAUUGACCAUUUUGAACAGGGGGGGUGUUGCUUCCUCUUUUGUAACCUGAAAUAAGAAGAWAAAAAAAGAAGGGGAAAAAACUUUUUUUUUGUUGAAAGCUAUUAUAGUGUUAUUUAAUAUGUACAUUGUAUUGCUAUACUUAAAAUAAAAUAUGGGUUUUGAUGUA